CCUCCUAUAAUAUUAAUUGCGCAAAAGCCAUAGCCUCCCUCCCAAAUUUCUCAAUCUUCUUCUAUCUUCUAGUGUUUACGAAAUUUAGGGCUAAUUAAUAAAAUUGAAAGGAAAACCUCUCUAUUCGGAUCCUAUCCGACUUCGUUAGGAUCCAAGUUAGGAUUUUGGGGGUUUUCCGUUAGGUUUUUUUAUUGAUGGGUACGGAGAGGAAGAGGAAGGUGAGCUUGUUCGACGUGGUGGACGAGACCUCCAUCUCAUUGGCGAAGAUGAGCAAAUCGAACGGCGACGGCGGAGCUGCUGCCAACCAAAACGCUGUGAGCAGUAUGAUCAAUCGGUGGACGGGAAAGCCGUACUCGCAGAGGUACUAUGAGAUUCUUGAGAAGAGGAAGACGUUGCCGGUUUGGCACCAGAAAGAGGAGUUCUUGCAGGCUCUCAAAGCCAGCCAGUCUCUCAUUUUGGUCGGUGAGACUGGUAGUGGUAAAACCACGCAGAUUCCUCAAUUUGUUUUGGAAGCUGUCGAUUCAGAAUCUUCAGAUAAACGCAAGAAGAUGAUGGUUGCAUGUACCCAACCCCGUAGAGUGGCUGCAAUGUCAGUAUCCCGUCGUGUUGCUGAAGAGAUGGAUGUAACCAUUGGAGAAGAGGUCGGUUAUAGCAUCCGUUUUGAAGACUGCAGCAGUUCCAGAACUGUGUUGAAGUAUCUAACUGAUGGAAUGCUUUUAAGAGAAGCAAUGACUGAUCCACUAUUAGAAAGAUACAGCGUGAUAAUUCUUGAUGAAGCUCAUGAAAGGACUUUAGCAACAGAUGUUCUAUUUGGGCUGUUGAAGGAAGUGUUGAGAAACAGACCUGACUUGAAGGUGGUAGUGAUGAGUGCUACACUUGAAGCUGAAAAGUUUCAGGGCUAUUUCAGCGGUGCGCCACUCAUGAAAGUUCCUGGAAGGCUUCAUCCAGUGGAAAUUUUUUACACUGAGGAACCUGAAAGGGAUUAUCUGGAAGCAGCGAUUCGAACAGUUGUGCAGAUUCAUAUGUAUGAGACCCCAGGAGAUAUACUUGUUUUUCUAACGGGAGAGGAGGAGAUAGAAGAUGCGUGCCGCAAAAUUAACAAGGAAAUUGGAAAUCUGGGUGACCAGGUUGGUCCUGUGAAAGUGGUGCCUCUGUAUUCAACUCUACCUCCAGCUAUGCAGCAGAAAAUAUUUGAUCCUGCUCCUCCUCCUGUAAAAGAAGGUGGAAUUCCUGGAAGGAAGAUUGUGGUGUCCACAAACAUUGCAGAAACUUCUCUGACUAUUGAUGGAAUUGUUUAUGUUAUUGAUCCUGGAUUUGCUAAACAACAAGUCUAUAACCCAAGAGUGCGUGUUGAAUCAUUGUUGGUAUCGCCAAUUUCCAAGGCAAGUGCACAUCAGAGGUCAGGUCGUGCUGGAAGAACUCAGCCAGGAAAAUGUUUCAGACUUUAUACUGAGAAAAGUUUCCAGAAUGAUCUUCAACCACAAACUUAUCCAGAAAUAUUGAGAUCCAACCUUGCAAAUACAGUUCUUACUUUGAAGAAAUUAGGAAUAGAUGAUCUGGUUCAUUUUGAUUUUAUGGAUCCCCCUGCUCCCGAGACACUGAUGAGAGCACUAGAGGUCUUGAAUUAUUUGGGAGCAUUGGAUGAUGAUGGUAACUUGACCAAGCUGGGGGAGAUUAUGAGUGAGUUCCCGUUGGAUCCUCAGAUGUCAAAGAUGCUUGUAGUCAGCCCUGAGUUCAGCUGCUCAAAUGAAAUUUUGUCAAUAUCUGCCAUGCUUUCAGUACCCAAUUGCUUUGUCCGGCCUAGGGAGGCUCAAAAAGCUGCUGACGAAGCAAAAGCUAGGUUCGGGCACAUUGAUGGAGAUCAUCUCACGCUUCUGAACGUGUAUCAUGCAUACAAGCAAAAUAAUGAGGAUCCGUCAUGGUGCUAUGAGAACUUUGUCAAUCAGAGGGCAUUGAAGUCUGCAGACAAUGUCAGGCAGCAGCUAGUGCGCAUUAUGGCCCGAUUUAACCUCAAGCUAUGCAGUACUGAGUUCAAUAGUCGUGACUACUACAUCAACAUAAGAAAGGCCAUGCUAGCUGGAUAUUUCAUGCAGGUGGCUCACCUGGAACGCACUGGCCACUAUCUGACAGUGAAAGAUAACCAAGUGGUACAUUUGCAUCCAUCGAAUUGCUUGGAUCACAAGCCAGACUGGGUGAUUUACAAUGAGUACGUUUUGACAAGCAGGAAUUUUAUCCGUACAGUGAUGGAUAUUCGUGGGGAGUGGCUAAUCGAUAUAGCACCCCACUACUAUGAUUUGGUGAAUUUUCCUCAGUGUGAGGCCAAGCGUGUUCUUGAGAAGCUAUACAGGAAGCGGGAGGAUAAGGAUGAGAACAAAAACAGAAGAUGAAGUUCUUAACCCUGAUUCUUCGGAAUGUGCAGAUUAUUGUAAGGAGCAAUUAUUGAGUGCUGGUCGAAGUUAGCAUAUUUCAGCAUUUUGCGUCUCCGAGCAUCUCAGUUGUCACUGUAAUUGGGAAAAGGCCUUGCAUUGUUUCUGUACCAUUUCUUGAAUGAUCUUGGAUGUGAUGGCCUUUAUGGUAUUCAUGAUUUAGUGGCAGUUUUAACAUUUGAUUAAAGUGUAACACGAGGUUAUUAUUUGAUUCAUGACCAAUGAAAAUCUAAUUUCCAAGCA